GGGUGGUCGGCGGCGGCGGCGGGGGUGUCGCCCGCCAGGGACACUCGGGGACCGCGUUGGCUGCGGGCGGCGGCGGGGGAAGGCGAGCGGCAGGGCGAGGGGCGGCGGUGGCGAGCGGCUCGGCUCGGUUCGGCUCGGCUGGGUAGCGCUGCUGCUGCUGCCGCCGCCGCGGUGGAUGUUUCCAUGUUGUUUGGUGCAUGAUUUAGAGGAGAGGAGGAGUUGGCAGCGGCGGGUGUCGGCGGCAGAGCGGGGAUCCGCGCCGCCCGCGGCCCGGCCUCUUUCUCCUCGCUCCUGUGUGGCAUCGAGGCGGCUGCCUGCGCUUGCCCUGCGGCGCCCGGCGGGGGCUCCCGGGCAGAGAACGCCUGUGCCCCCCGGGGCCGGUGCGGCGGCGGGGUGCGUGUGUGUGUGUGAGUGUGCGUGCGAUUUUAGGGGGGGGGUGGGGGUUGUGUCUGAACCAGUUAGGAAGAAUGACUCUGGAGUCCAUCAUGGCGUGCUGCCUGAGCGAGGAAGCCAAGGAAGCCCGGCGGAUCAACGACGAGAUCGAGCGGCAGCUGCGCCGGGACAAGCGGGACGCCCGCCGGGAGCUGAAGCUGCUGCUGCUGGGCACAGGAGAGAGUGGCAAAAGUACGUUUAUCAAGCAGAUGAGAAUCAUUCAUGGAUCAGGUUACUCUGAUGAAGACAAAAGGGGCUUUACAAAACUGGUGUACCAGAAUAUAUUUACAGCAAUGCAGGCCAUGAUCAGAGCCAUGGAUACCCUCAAAAUCCCAUACAAGUAUGAACAUAACAAGGCUCAUGCACAGUUAGUUCGAGAAGUCGAUGUAGAGAAGGUGUCAACUUUUGAGAACCCCUAUGUAGAUGCAAUAAGAAGCCUAUGGAAUGAUCCUGGAAUUCAGGAGUGUUAUGAUAGACGACGGGAGUAUCAGUUAUCAGAUUCAACUAAAUACUAUCUUAACGACUUGGACCGCAUAGCAGAUUCCACCUAUCUGCCAACUCAGCAGGAUGUGCUCAGAGUUCGAGUCCCAACAACAGGGAUUAUUGAAUACCCAUUUGAUUUACAAAGCGUCAUUUUCAGAAUGGUGGAUGUAGGAGGUCAACGUUCAGAAAGAAGAAAAUGGAUACAUUGCUUUGAAAACGUCACAUCUAUCAUGUUCCUAGUAGCUCUUAGUGAAUAUGAUCAAGUACUUGUGGAGUCGGACAAUGAGAAUCGAAUGGAAGAAAGCAAAGCACUCUUUAGGACAAUUAUCACAUAUCCAUGGUUCCAGAACUCUUCAGUCAUUCUGUUCUUAAAUAAAAAAGAUCUCUUAGAGGAGAAAAUUAUGUAUUCCCAUCUAGUUGAUUAUUUUCCAGAGUACGACGGACCACAGCGGGAUGCACAAGCAGCACGAGAGUUCAUCCUGAAGAUGUUCGUAGACCUGAAUCCAGACAGUGACAAAAUUAUCUACUCCCACUUCACAUGCGCUACAGACACAGAGAAUAUCCGCUUCGUCUUUGCUGCUGUCAAGGACACAAUCCUACAGUUAAACCUAAAGGAGUACAACCUGGUCUAACUGUGCCUAGGAGGCUCUCCAAAACCAAUUUUGAGUGAUUGAAGAUAUACAAGAGGGACUGUAUUAUCUGUGAAAACAAUUUGCAUAAUACUAAUUUAUUGCUGGCCUGGACUCUGUGAAUGUCCACAGAGUUUGUAGUUAAUAUUAUGAUUUUAUUUAAACUAUAUGGAGGAAAAACAAAAGAUGCUGAAGUACAUUCACAGCACAUUUCCUCAUUUUUUAGGCAAAACCUUGUGACUCAAUGUGUUUUAAAUUCUCAGUCGUACAUUUACAAAGAAUAGCAGUUUUUUGCUAUUGAAGCAAAAUCAAGCUAGUUUCCUCUUUCCCUGACCCUUUCUCUCUCCCUCCUUCCCUUCCCCCCCUUAUCUUUUACAAGGUACAAUGGCCUUUUCUUUCCCAGUUGCAUUCUUGGGUGGAGUAUUUUCUGUUCAGUGAUUUAGUCAGGAAAAUACUAUCAUCAGAGUUUAAAUCAUCAGUCAUUCUAAUUUUACAGUAUGUACUUUCUCUGAAGGAUCAAAAGUAUUGAUACUGUGAUUUUUAAAUUCUUGACAUGGGUGUCUUCAUUCUGCCUUCACUUUUGAGACUAGAAAAUUGGGAUUGCAAAAUAGGAUUACAGUUGUCUAAGGAUAUUAAAUUUAACCAUAUUUUCACAGUUUGGAAAGGUGCACAGAAGACAGUAACGAAAUAAUUAAGACACAACCUGGGAUGUACAUGGAAUAUGUUAGAAUCCCUUUUUAAUUGCCAUGUGCCAUUUUUUUCUCUCCUUUAUUCACAAAUGCCAAAUAGAGAUGUCAUAGACACUACAUUUUCCCCAGUGGCUACAGCCUGAAACAGUGGGGUUGUUUUCAGUUGUGUGGGGUUUCUUUCCUAAGUUAGAGCUUUUUUUUAGGUGUUCUUUUUCCACAGUAGAAAAAUUAUUUUUAUUGUAUAAAAUUAAUGUUGCCAAAUCUGGCUUUUUAUAAAACCAAUGCUCUUGAAACAUACUGAUUGAAAUGCCAAACUGAUGGGUUGGUAACUGGCCUGACUGAGUCAACUGCCAAAUGAUAAACACAGUUUCAGCUCAUAUGUUUCCUUUUUUUAGAAAGUGUUCCAUUUUCUAAUGCCAAAACCAACAGUACAAGUGAAUAUACUACAAGGUGCACCAUGCACAUGCAUGUGGUCUACUAAUUUAAAGACAGUUUAAAUCUCUCCUUAUGUCAAAUAUGGCAUAAGUUUGUUUUCUGUAAUAAUAGCAAGGCACCUUCAGUUGUAUAACAAAUUAUUGAUGAGAGAUCACAUUCAGGAGCCUUUCUUGAUAAGGUUGCUUGCUAACUAACUGAUUCAUGGACAUUUGACAGGCUUUCGUGCAAAAUAGCCUCUCUCAAUGUUCUUUAGGAAAGAUUUAUUCAUGUAAAUGAAACAGUGAGAAAAUAAUUCUUGAAAUUUAAAUGUGCAAUUUUUUAACAACAAAAAUACAGCACACGUUGAGCCUUUAUUCUGCAGCUUAGGAUGAAAGGUGUUUUUUGACCAGGUGCAUGAUUGCUGGCAAGCUAUAGAAAACUCAGAGUUCAAACAUGUAAUUGGAUUGAUUAUCUGCAAUGCCAAGUAGCACUACAGUGCACUUAACACGGAAAUUGCUGCCUCAUAGCAGCGAAUGGGAGGUGGAAAAAAGAAUGGCUUAUUAGUCGAUUACCAAAGUUAACAAUAAAUACUAAUGAGACGUUUUUCAUCCUUAACCCUCCCAACUCCAAAACAACAGUAAUAAGAACAGUUGCUAUUUUUUGCUCCCUCUUAAAACACCUUGUAAUUUAAAACUGGUUGUAGGUAUAGUGCAAUUAUGAAUGCUAUAAUCAUUGUACAUACAUCUAUAUAUAUAUAUAUAUGGCAGCAUCCAUAUGGGCUUUGUAAUCAUUAAUUUUUGGCAAAUUGAAUGUGCUGUAUUGAUAUGUAUCUAUGUAAUUGUAUUGUAUGUCUUAUAGCUAAUUCACAUUUUAAAUAAUGUUAUUUUAUUUACUUUUUUAAGAGAGAAGAAUGUAAAUUUUGUCAGUUUAUUUCUGACUAGGGAUUUGUUGUUGUUUUUUAUUUACAAAACAAAAAUCCUACUAUAGUACAGAGUGGUACUAGCAUUGUGCUGUAUAAAAUCAUUUGCACAUUCCUAAGUAGAAGUAAAUUGGAAACACCCAGAUGGAGGCCAUUCACAUUCAAAACAAUGCUUAAAUCUUGUCAGGGCUGUAGACAGGUAUAGAAACCAGUCUUAUAAGAAGAACUUACGCUGUUAUAUCUAGGAUUGGAACAGAAACUUAAUAUAAAUUUAAUUUAUGUUUGGCAAAUUCAUGUUAGAUUACUUUUACUUUUCUAAUAGGCAUUAUUAGAAAAGUAAAUUUAGAGAUAUUUCAAACCAUUGUACAUAAGUACUAAUGAGUAUAUAUUGUUGCCCUAAAAAUACCGUGAAAAAAUGUGGAACAUCGGAUCAAUCAAACAGUCUUUCAGAAACUGCAGAAACCUUAGAUAUAACAACAACAACCAAAAAGUCACUAUUAUCAAUGAUUUUAAGGAGCUAAAGCAUUUUAUUUAAUAAAGCUAAAGCAGGUAGAUCUAGGUUAUAAAAAGUGACACUGACAUUCUGAAUAGGGGAUCAGAGCAGUGACUCUUACAGCAUAACAGAAUUGGUCCUGAACUAUCUAUAAAUGCAACAGAGCUUCUGUUUUCACAGCUCAACUGCUGAUAAUAUUCCUUCUUUUAACCUGAGAAUACAUUGCCCAUGCUGGAUUCAGUGCUGUAAGUAGAACCAUAGCCAAAAAAAAAAAAAAAAAAAAAAAAAAAAGGAAAAACAAAAACCAGACAGUGGUGUCUAACGAAGUUUGGGGUUUCUUUGUUUUUUUCUUUAAUUUGUUUUGUUUUCUUAUGGGAUAUUGGGUGGGGGAGUAGAAAAUGUGGUUCUGAGUUUUGUAUGAAAAUGAAGCAAAAGUUUACUCAUGAUUUACAGUUACAUUGUGAUUGCAAAAGUUUUCAAGAGUAUGUGCCACUGGGCUAGUUCUGGUAUAUUUUUGGUAAGUUGAACCUGUGGCAAUGUUCAGAUUAUGUGACCAUGUUCUGGAAAAAAAAAAAAAAAAAAAAAAACAAACCAAAAAACAAAAACAAAACAAAACCAAGCAACAGUAAUAUUUGGCAUGCCAAGGCAAGCCUUACACGAAUCACCUAACACAGCAUUGCCGUGUGACAGUUUACAAAAACGUUUCCUUUUUAAAUGACACAGCUGUUCCCACUUGCAGUAUAUUCCGUUGUGGUGAUGGUGGUAUUGUUGUUGUUGCUGUUGUUUUAAUUGGUGGUUUCUACUAUGCCUUAUAGUGCUUGAGUCCAGAAGUUUGUGCCUCUAACAUGAAGCUGAAGGCAAAACCAUCAAGACAGAAACCCUUUUAACUUUGCCAAAAUUAUGUGAUUUCUUUGAAUGUCGUAAAUGGGAGAGGAGGGAAGGAAAAUGUCUUGGGAGCCUGUGUAAUGUAGAUGUUCACUAGCACAAGAAAGCUGUAAUACAUGUUUUACAGAAACCUUAAACUUGCCUUUUUCACAAAUUAACUGGCACUGUCCUUACAUAUAUAGGAUGAUGCAGCUAUAAGGGCAGUUUACUUUUUAUAAUUCAGACUCUUUUGAUUGUCAAGGUGUAUGGACUGAAAUUUCUAAUCAUACUGCCACAUGAUUGUGAAUCACUUUUUUAAGUUUGAAAGUGGAGAAGAGACUUUUUGUGCUGGAUGUCAGUCAGAAUAGACUGCAUGAUUUGCAAAAACUCUAAAUGGGGGGAAAAGGGCUGCAUAUAAAGACAUUGCUAGACUCCCAGCCUUUGGUUGUAAGGUGCAGAUGUCUUUCAGAUAACUCAACCUCAUGAUCCUUUCCUUGUCACAUUCUUCACAAAAGAAUGAAAUAUUAGCAGAAAACAGACAUGUUAGCCCACAUGAAAAAAAUAAAAUUUAGCCAAUUAAUUUAUUAUAUGUGCUGCUGUUGUUGGAGCUCUGUGCAUGGUUAUCCUGCAGGCUAUUACAUUAGUGAACUAAUGAAGUGUGUACAGCAUAUUAACAAGGCCUACCUCUAGCUAAGAGACCAGUAAAGUAAAUAUGUUUUGGAUAGACUGUCAUAAGUUAGGAAAUUAAAAUGUUCUGGUGUAGGUAAUUAACUACGGUAUUUUAGAAAUUUCACACUUUUGUAAAUAUGGUCCCUCUUUCGACAUAAACCACAAAUUCUGAAACCUAAUAUGUAUUAAACAACUAAAGCCAUCUGUCCCUGUCCAGUGUGUUAGUUUAGUAGACAUUUUGGAAAACCAUACGUUUAGUUUGAGAAGAGGAGCUACUGAUACUGUCUUUUUUUUGGCUAUCCAUAAUAUUUUAAGUUUUGUCAGUCAAACCAGGAACACUUCUGUGUAGUCAACAGUACAUUGAGGGUCACUAUUUCACUAGUUAAGGGGAUUUUACUGUAAGUUUCACUUGAGCUUUUUCACAGUAGCCAUGCUAUAGGGAAGGAAGGAAUAGAGGGAGAUUUUGAAGAUAAGUGUGAAAAAUACAAAGUGAGCCAGAUUGAAUUUACUGUAAAUCUGUUGGUUUGGGGUUUUUUCUCUUGAAAUACAGUCUAAGCUGAAGUCUCUUGCUGGAUUCCUUAUUUACCGUGCUGCAGGAAAUCCUUAUUUGACCUUUUUUUUUUUUUUUUUUUGUCUUUUUGAGGGGGAUCAUCUGAUACAUUUUAAAACUUGCAGUAUUUAAAAAUAAAGAUCAUAUUUGCUGUUCUUAAAGUGUCAUUUAAAUGCAUGUAUUCUGUGUUGUUUGAGGGACAGAAAUAGGGGUUUUUUGAAAAAAACUAAUAUUGUACAGUUACUGUCCCUCAAAAAUGUUGCUGGUUAAAAAUACAAUAUUUUUGGCCAUAACUUUGUACUAUAGUAUCUUCAUUCCUUGAAGGGUAGCUUUUCUGAAAUAUUAUUUGAGUUUAUUGUUCUCCCAGAAUGCUUCCUAUUAUGAUAAAUGUUGGAUAGAUGUAUUAAUCCAUUAUUACUUUUUAAUUACAUGUGCUCUGUUGUCAUUGUCUAAAUAUUAAAAUUUCAAGAAUAACUAUUACA